AUGAGUGGUAUCACGAAAAUCGAUUCAGAAAAGAGGGGAUUUGCACACACCACUCUGGAGGAUUCGUUGAGACUUAAGAUUAAAGAAUGUAAUUUUCUUACAACUUAUGAGGAAGGAUGCGGAACAAAUAUAGAUCAAGCCAAUAUAGAAGUUAAGAAAAUUAGCGCUUAUGA